AUGGAAGCCUCCAAUUAUUUCAGAACUGCCUCUAAUCAUAAUGUACUGUUUUUUUACACUGAGAGAGAGGUGUGCAGGAGACAUAAAAGAUUCCAAUUUAAUAGCAGUUGGGUGGAGAUGGAGGGUAUCCAAGAAGCUGUGAAGGAUGGGUGGCAGGUAAGAGUGGAGGGGUCUGUUAUGUUUCAAGUUCAUCAAAAAAUCAAGCAUACCAGAAUGGCUCUUCUGGCUUGGCACAAACCGAGCCACAGAAAUAGUGAGAGGGUUAUAAAAGUUCUGACAGAGAAGCUGGCGGAGAUGAGAUACACUUUCCAGUUUGUUGUUGAGGUUAAAUUUGUGAAGAUCACCAUAAGAAAUGGACAAAGCACAAGACUGAGUGAGCCUAAUUGGGUGCAAGGGCUCAAGGGAGUAAAGCCUGUGCUUAGAGUGGGAAUUGAUGGGAAUAUAUUCAGGGUGAAGGACUUGCUUAUGGCU